CGGCGGGCGGGCACCGGCCCCGCGGCAGGGCUGGCACCAGAGGCCGCCGGCUCCGCGCCCCGACGCCCGCCUUGGCUGCAGCUCCCAGAGCCGCUGCCCGGCCGGCCCGCGCGGGCCUCCCGGGCCAUGGCCGCGGCCUCCUCCCCGCCCCGGGCCGAGAGGAAGCGCUGGGGCUGGGGCCGCCUGCCGGGCGCGCGGAGGGGCAGCGCGGGCCCGGCCAGGAAGGCGCCCUUCUCGCUGGAGCUGGCGGAGGAGCGCCCGGCGGGGGGCGCGUUCUAUGCACCCGGCGCGCCGCCCGCCGCCGACCUGGGCCCGCGGCCGCCCGUGAGCCUCGACCCGCGCGUCUCCAUCUACAGCGCGCGCCGCCCGCUGCUCGCGCGCACCCACGUCCAGGGCCGCGUCUACAACUUCCUCGAGCGCCCGACCGGCUGGAAGUGCUUCGUCUACCACUUCGCCGUCUUCCUCAUCGUGCUGGUCUGCCUCAUCUUCAGCGUGCUGUCCACCAUUGAGCAGUACGUCGCCCUGGCCACGGGGACCCUCUUCUGGAUGGAGAUCGUGCUGGUCGUGUUCUUCGGGACGGAGUAUGUGGUCCGCCUCUGGUCAGCCGGCUGCCGGAGCAAGUACGUGGGCGUCUGGGGGCGGCUGCGCUUCGCCCGGAAGCCCAUUUCCAUCAUCGACCUCAUCGUGGUCGUGGCCUCCAUGGUGGUCCUCUGCGUGGGCUCCAAGGGGCAGGUGUUCGCCACCUCGGCCAUCAGGGGCAUCCGCUUCCUCCAGAUCCUGCGGAUGCUGCACGUGGACCGCCAGGGCGGCACCUGGAGGCUGCUGGGCUCCGUGGUCUUCAUCCACCGCCAGGAGCUGAUCACCACCCUGUACAUCGGCUUCCUGGGCCUCAUCUUCUCCUCCUACUUCGUCUACUUGGCCGAGAAGGACGCCGUGAACGAGGCGGGCCGCGUGGAGUUCGGCAGCUACGCCGACGCCCUGUGGUGGGGAGUGGUCACGGUCACCACCAUCGGCUACGGGGACAAGGUGCCCCAGACGUGGGUUGGGAAGACCAUCGCCUCCUGCUUCUCCGUCUUUGCCAUCUCCUUCUUCGCGCUCCCAGCGGGGAUCCUCGGCUCCGGGUUCGCCCUGAAGGUGCAGCAGAAGCAGAGGCAGAAGCACUUCAACCGGCAGAUCCCGGCGGCGGCCUCGCUCAUCCAGACGGCGUGGAGGUGCUACGCGGCCGAGAACCCCGAUUCCGCCACCUGGAAGAUCUACGUGCGGAAGCCGCCCCGCGGCCACAUGCUGCUCUCCCCCAGCCCCCGGCCCAAGAAGUCGGCCAUGGUAAAGAAGAAAAAGUUCAAACUGGACAAGGACAACGGGGUGAGUCCGGGAGAGAAGACGUUCGCGAUCCCUCACAUCACGUGCGACCCGGCUUCGGAGGAGCGGCGGCUGGACCCCUUCUCCGCCGACGGCUACGACAGCGCCGUGAAGAAGAGCCCCACGCUGCUGGAGGUGAGCACGCCCCAGUUCACCAGGACCAACAGCUUCGCCGAGGACCUGGACCUGGAAGGGGAGACCCUGCUGGUCCCCAUCACCCACGUGUCGCAGCUGCGGGAGCACCACCGCGCCACCAUCAGGGUCAUCCGCCGCAUGCAGUACUUCGUGGCCAAGAAGAAGUUCCAGCAAGCCCGGAAGCCCUACGACGUGCGGGACGUCAUCGAGCAGUACUCCCAGGGCCACCUCAACCUCAUGGUGCGCAUCAAGGAGCUGCAGAGAAGGCUGGACCAGUCCAUCGGGAAGCCCUCCCUCUUCAUCUCCGUCUCAGAAAAGAGCAAGGACCGGGGCAGCAACACCAUCGGCGCCCGCCUGAACCGCGUGGAAGACAAGGUGACGCAGCUGGACCAGAGGCUGGUGCUCAUCACAGACCUGCUCCAGCAGCUCCUCUCCCUGCACCAGGGCGGCCCCCCGGGCGGCCGGCCCCCCGGCGGAGGCGGGGCCCACGUGCAGCCCGGCCGGGGCCCCCUGGACCCCCAGCUCUUCCUGCCCAGCAACGCCCUGCCCACCUACGAACAGCUGACCGUGCCCCGCAGGAGCCCCGACGAAGGGUCCUGAUGGGGGCCUGGGGCCUGAGCGGGGAGGCCCGGAGGACCCCCCCACGGCCUGCCCCACCUCCCACGCAGCAGGGGCACCCGGCCGGCCACCUCCUGGGAAGUCCCGUGGGCAGCCCCUCUCUCCCAGGCCCUGGACACCCUGUGACCACGCU